GGACUAGGCGGAAGUGAGCCGAGCCGGGCCGUGAUUGCAGUCAGGGUGGGCGGGCGAGCGAGCAAGGCUAGGGCGCACACCGGAGGGAGUCAGGGCUGGUUCCCUUCCGUGUCCUGCCAGCGGCGGGGAGGAGGAGGAGGAAGAAGAGCAGCCGCAGCGCCGCCCGCAGGAAACCUUGCAGGGCUCCCCUUGGAGGGGGGGGCGUUUGCUCGCAGGGAGACUAACACGGGGAGGCUCCCGGGGGCGUCUGGGUGGGUGGAGGGGCGCGCUUUCCCUUAGGAGGAGGCGCUUCCUUGGAAGGAGCUUCGGCCUCCGGGCAGGCAGGGACUGAAGAACCGCAUGGGGAACCCUUGCAGGGAAAGCCCCCGCGGGAAGCCCUUUGCAGCGGCCGUUCCAUCAUACCGGGCGCCGUUUUAAGAACCGGGUCCCGCCGGGAAGCUGCCCUGGUGGUGGUGGGGGAUCCCUUGGGGUUAAGCCUGAGCGGGGCUCCUGCAGGCUCUCAGCGGGGCAGGGAGGGUGGGGGUCCUAGAAGGACCUGUAGGAAACUUUCAGGCAUGGCCACCCGGCGUUUAACAGACGCGUACUUGUUGUUGCGGAACAACGCCAUCCAAAGCCGGCAGCUGCUGGCCGAGCAAGUGAGUAGUUACAGCUCCUCCAGUCCUCUGACUUCACGUAGCAUGGCUGCUGCGGAGCUGGAUGAGCUUGCAGAUGAUCGCAUGGCACUGGUAUCGGGUAUCAGUUUAGAUCCUGAAGCAGCUAUCUGUGUAUCUAAGAGGUUGUCUCCCAAGUGGAUUGAUGGUAUAGAAGAAAUUCAAUAUGAAAUAUCCAGGAUAAAACAGAAGAUGAAAGAACUUGCCAGUCUGCAUGACAAGCAUUUAAACAGACCAACUUUGGAUGAUAGCAGCGAGGAAGAGCAUGCAAUAGAAAUAACCACUCAAGAAAUUACACAGCUAUUUCACAGGUGUCACAAAGCAGUCCAGGGUUUGCACAGCAAGUCGCGAAGCUGUACUGGCCAAGAAUGCCGGCUUCUGAAGAACGUUGUGUGUUCCUUAGCUCAGUCUCUGCAGGACCUCUCCACAAGCUUUAGACACGGGCAGUCUGACUAUCUCAAACGCAUGAAAAAUCGAGAAGAAAGAUCCAAACAUUUCUUCGACACCUCGGUCUCUCUCAUGGAUGAUGGGGAGGAUAUGACACUGUACGACAGGGGUUUUACAGAUGACCAGUUAGUAUUAGUGGAACAAAACACUACGUUGGUGGAAGAGCGGGAACGAGAAAUUCGACAAAUUAUACAGUCCAUUACUGAUCUUAAUGAAAUUUUCAGGGAUUUAGGAGCAAUGAUAGUUGAACAGGGUACCGUACUGGAUAGGAUUGACUACAGUGUUGAACAAUCAUGCAUAAAAACAGAUGAAGGAUUGAAACAACUACAUAAAGCCGAGCAUUAUCAAAAGAAGAAUCGGAAGAUGCUCAUCAUUUUAAUUUUGUUUGUCAUAGUUAUUAUCCUUAUCAUUGUCCUUAUUGCUGUGAAAUUUCGCUAGGCGAUGUGCUGGUGAUGCUUUCCUUUCUCUCUGUGUUUGUCUGAGAGGUAGCGACAAAUUUUUGUGUGUUGUGUUUCUCCCGUUUUUGUUCCUGGCAGGAAUGGUUGAGCCUCUGCUCUUGAAAGCUAUCUGUUGGAUGAAUGUAUGGGAUCUAAUGGUGCAAAGUCUGUGCAAUGUUCAUACAGAAAACUCCUGUUUUACAUAUUCAGUGAAUAUGAAAGGCAGUGAUUUGUAAAAAAAUCAGAAAUGUGCAGAAAUGCCAGAAUUUCUGAGAAAAGCUACCAAAUCAGGCAUUUUGUUUAUCCAGGCUAUUGGAAUGCUAGAAACAUUUUUAAAAAUGAUUUAAACAUUUCGGAAAGUGCUUUUACUAAACAGGAAUAAUAAUGUGCUUUCUAACAUGACUUAACCUAUGGUUAAUUUUAGGGUAAACUGUCCGAAGUAUGAUGUGGACAUCAUUCCCAAAACUAUGAAGUUGGAGAUUUUUUUUUAAAAAAUGCCUUAAAGAUACAAUAUUUGCUCUUUACCAUCUUCCCCUCCAGAGUUAAUAUUAGUAUGGGUUCACAGAAAUAAAAAAAAGAUUUCUAUUUCAUUCUAUUAUUCCAAAAGUGGUGGCUGGCGUUAUCAAUAGUACUCAAACCACAGAGAGUAUUACUGUUUUAAGAUUAUUUUUUAAAAGUUUUAAAUAAUCAAGAAUGUGCUUUGAUUAUUUCCACCUCUUCCCACUAUUGAACUGAAGGAGGGUUUCUCUGAUCCCUCUUUCUGAAUCUUCCUUCCCAAACUGAAUCUGUUAAUAAUAUACAGCAGCAGUUACAUAUUUCAUCUUAUUUUUCAGAGCGCGAAUGGAAAAGGGCGAUGGUACAUUCACACACAGUUUAAUUUGAACUAAUGGCAGCAUGAGGAACUUACCCUUAAAUAAAAUCAUAUUUGUUCUCAGCUGUGAGAUCUCAGGAAAAUUUGGAAUCCUGUUCAGAGCAAAUGUUGCUCUGCGUCUAUAUUUCUUGUUUCUUUUAACAUUUUAGGUGGUUCUGCUGGAAAAGAUAAUUUUCCUGAUUUUAAAAAAUCUUAUCUUUUAACUGUAACUUAAAAUUGCUGAGCUGUUUGGGGCCCUUGGUGUUCGAUCCUUUUUUUUUUUUUAAGCAUUCUGUACUGAAGAAUUUAAAAGUUGUACUUUGCAUCUCGUUUUGCUGUGAUUUAGCAACACCAGUUGCCAACUUUUUUUUUUUAACUGCCUUAGAUUCUUAUCAAUUUGAUCACGGAAUAAUUGCAAUGCUGCCUGUGUAGUUGUUACACCUUGUUUUCUUCCUUUCAUCCAGCUCUUUGCAUCAUUCAGAUUUCUUGUAUCUGAUGACAGAGAAACAGAAAUCAUAGUCCCACCUGGGGUCAUUGGGAGAUUCUGCUUGCUAGAUAAAGGAAGAAUCCGACAUCUGUAGUUGAAACCUCUGGCGUAAAAGAGGAUUGCCACAAGAGAAUUGUGUUUUAGCUGCUGCUGUGAUUCUGUCAGUGAGAAGGUGAAGAAAUGCUCUUGGUGAACUCUGCUCAGCUAUUUUGAUUCAUCUCCUAUUUACAGAACCUCUGCAGAAGGCUUACUUUAUGCCCUUCCGAUACAGUGGUCCAUUGCUUCUUGGAAGAAUGGAAUUCAGUCUCUUUAUGUUAGCAUCUGCAGCAGCUAUCAGUUGUACAGGUAGAUUUGUGAUUUGAACAAGGUCUGGCCCAGCCAAAGAACCAUGAAUACCAAACAGCAUGAGAAAUAUGGAAAAUAAACAUACUGUACUUUAUGCACGCGCAAAAAUCCAUUUGCUCCUUAGGCAUGCACAAAAUAGACAAAAAUGUGCCACGAGUGAUGGUUGCCAGAGUCUGGUUUGUAUUUUCCAACUGGAUAACAAAGGCCACUUAUAUUUACUGUAAAUAUUAUUCUGUUACCUAAAGUAGAAUACCAAUUACACACUGGACUUCUUUCCUUUCAAAACAAGGAAAAGUUGAACAUCGGUUUACUUAAGUUUUUCAAUGAUUUGCUCGAGAUAACAAAUUUCAGCAGGCCAUGUUUAACCUCCUGCUGCCAUUUAUGCUGACCAUUAGCAUCUUUAAUCAAUUUUAUUAGGUUUAGUAACGAGAAGAUAUUUAUAAACACGUACUUAAAACCAAUGGCAUGAUUUGGAAAAGGCUAUCUUGGCUCCAGACUAAAUUGAUGCAUGUCAAUGUGUGUAUGUCCUUGAAGCCAAGCUUGAUCCUUGACUGUUCUAUGGAUACUCGGCUGUCACUUCUCUUCAAAAAUAUAUGGAAAUGGUUUAUCAUUGCCUUUUCUCUGGAUGAUUUCUGGAUUUCCAAGUGUGGCCUACAGCUUAGAGAUCCUCCUGAUUAGCUCUGAAAAUAUGUAUGCAUGUACAAUUGUUGCAAUCUGUGUAUCACGGUGUGUUUAAUUAAGACUGGAUUAACUGGAUGCAGAAACAGUUUUUACUUCGUUCUCCCCCCUCCCCUUCCUCUCCAGAAGAGGAUCAGGAAAUAGGGAAUCAUGAGAAAAGAUUGAGCCAAGAGAGAAAUGUGUUCUCUAAAGAGGAUGGUGGGUAGAACAAGCUGGAUGUUUGGAAGAAAAAGGUAUUUUGCUGCUAAAAAAAAAUUGUCACUUGCAAGAGGAAAAGUUGUUCAUUUUCAUGCCAUCUCCCUAACCGUAUGUUGGUUAAUACCGUAUGUUUGGUGGCACAUUAUUGCCACUAAGGUUAUUUGUGAAUACCGUUUUGAAGUUUCAUUUGUAUUUCUGUCUAUUGCAAUAUAUUUUUUGGAAUUAUUCCCAAUCCACAGUCUUUUUAAAAAAAUCUUAAAUCAUGAGAACAAAUCAGUGUAAGAUAUGUACAUUCCAAGGGGUGGGUUUUGCGGUUUGGAGAUUCCUUGUGGUCAUUGGGCAUGGUUUCAUGUGGCAUCACUGUACUUUGGGAAGACUAUUUUUUUAAGUUUAUUUAAAAUUAUUUAUUUAAAACUCAAUAGUUAAAUAGGUGGGGGGUGGUUUCUAUGCUGAAGAUUCUUUGUCUGACCCAUUAAGUGAAAAACUAACUGGCUUGUAAUUUUAACUGGACCGAAAAAGUUAGGCAAGAGAUAAGUUAGCAAUUUACAAAAGAAUGGCCAAAGAUUUGAUCAUUCUUGUCUGCCUGAUUUGGUGCUUUCUCUGUUUUGGUAGAUUUGCUGCAUAAAAUUUACUGGGAUAUUCUUUCUGUAUCAACUCCCCCAACCAAGCAGUCCUCUAGCAGACUCGGUUUCCAGAAAAACUGCUGGAUGCUUUGUCUCUCAGGCAAUAUUAUUCUUGGUGAGCCUUUUUAUUUCCUAAAUCAAUUGGCUCUCUACAACCUGCCCUCUUUGCAAAACUGGAACACCAAAGCUGAGAAGUAGUAGCACCAUCUUACCCAAAGAACUGGUUGUUACAGCCUGAUUUGAACUGAGACUAUGGAUGGAAAAGCGAUGUAACUGGCUUUCUUAUGACCGUUCACUGUUGAAUGAUGCUUGUGGUGUGUUCCAGAAGGUCUUCCCUUCAGCCUGCUUCAGGUUGAAUGUGUUUGGGAUUAAACGGGAUUUAAAGCUACAAAGGACACCUACAGCCUGCCAUAAAGGUUCACCGCUUUCAGCAAAACUCCAAACCUUGGUUGGGCGCAGAAUGAAGGCUUUUGAUGCACCCAAUAAAGGAGAAUCAUCCUGAAUGAGACAUCAUCAGCUGGAUACAUCGCGUAGGGACUCAAGUUGGGCCAAUGGUGGUUUCACGCAAUGAUGGAUUUGCUUUCAAAUCAAAUGUAUUUAUGGUGUAUGUAACGGAAGGGAUCUCUGUUUUUACCCAACAAUGUACAGUCUAUUUUCAUCCAUUUCUGUGGACAAUUUGUAAUGUACAAAUAAACUAUUCAACUCUAA